ACCGUUCACCAUCUUCAGAUGAAUUAAAAUUUUAGUAACAUCAUUUUUGACCAUCAAAAAAAAUUAUUUUCCAAAUUUUAAGUUCUGUAUGUAAAUAAAAGUUAUCAAAAUUCUAUCCAAUACAUUAUGCACGCUGUCAUUGACCAAUAUGGGUCGCCAGUCAUUGAAAACAUUAUGCGGUCACAUAUCCGAUAUAAGUAAACUACGAUCGAGUCUCUGGUGUAAUUUGGAUCACAUACAAAAUCUCCGAUGCCCAAGAAAAAAGUCCAAAAUUAAAAGUCGCAACAUUUUUAUUGAAGUGUGUGAAUUAUCCAGAAGAGCAAAAUCUCCAAAUGUUUGUGAGGAUUGUGGCGGAAUUGAAGUUGUGGAAGGAGAAAAAAAUGCUGAGAAAAUGACUGACACUGUUGUAAAAACAGUGAGGCAACAACAUGCUACGAAUGGUAUUCAACAAGAACCUGAUACAUACACAAACCCUUCAGAGAAGUAUAUUAAAGAAAUUGAAACAAAUCAACCUCAAAGAAUUGUUUCUCGUUCAACGAAUAGCGAUGUUAGUAAUUUGAAGAAUGAUGUUACUAAAAGUUUUGAAAGUGAAGAGGACUGUGGAUGUAAAGAAGCAGAGAAAAACAGGCUUACAGGAGGUCCCGGUAAACCUCCAGACCCACCGUCUACAAAGAAACUUGAACCAAUUAAGGUUGACAUGGCUUGUUUGAGACUAAAUAAUGAACAAAAAAUAGUCCUCGAUCAAGGAAUUGUUGGAAUGCAUGAUUGUAAACUAACAAAACGAAAAUAUGAAAUUAAAAAAUUCAUUUGGAAGAACAAAGCAAACAAUACUGAAAUUGAAGUCAUAACAUUGGGUGCCACUGUUACUAGAAUGGUUCUACCUGAUCGAAAUGGUAUGUUAAAAGAUAUUCUGUUGGGAUUCGAUUGUCAUGAAGAUCAUAUAAAAAAUGCACAUUAUUACAUGGGCUCAAUGAUUGGUCGCUGUGCAAAUAUGAUUUCAAAUCCGAUAUUUCAAUUUGAUGGUGUUUGUUCGAAUUUGUCGAUUAAUCGAAUGAAAAAAUAUCACUUUAAUGGUGGCUGCAGUGGAUUCAAUAAGUAUGUUUGGCAUCCUUACGUAUGUAAUAACAAAGUCAUAUUCAGUCAUCAUUCAAAAGAUGGUUCUGAAGGUUAUCCAGGGGAAUUGUUAACAACUGUAGCAAUGGAAUUAACACCCAAAAACCAAUUUGUGAUUGAUAUCAAAGCAAAUACUACGGAUCCAACGAUUUGUAAUUUAACCAAUCGAUUACUAUUUAAUUUAUCGAGCCAUGCCGGUGGUAGUUCCCAAUUAAGAAGACACUUAAUGCAUGUAAAUUCAGAUAGUUAUAUUGGUUAUGAUGAACGAGGAAUUCCUUCAUGUGCUGCAAGAAGGACUCGUGACAGUGAAUAUGAUGCAACGUGUCCGAUAACUAUUCAUGACAUAAUGAAAAAGUGGAAGAAUAGAGAUUUUCGAUCUGCAUUUGUUGUAAAUCGUGCGACGAAGCAAGAUUGUUGUCUUGCUGCUCGAUUUGUUCACGAAGUUUCUGGACGAUAUCUGGAAGUUCACACAAAUCAACCGAUUAUUAACAUAGAUUUUGGAUAUGAUUUACCCCGAUCAAAUGUGCCAGUGAAUGAACGAUUAAUUGGAAAAUGUAAAGUUCGUUAUAUAAACAAUAGUUCGGUUUGUGUACAGCCUCAAGGAUAUCCGGAUGCCAUUAACCAUAAAGAUUUUCCAACUACUAUUUUAUUACCUGGCGAAGUAUAUCACAAUAAAAUCUCCUACGAAUUUGGAAUCGUAGACAAAACAGCAUAUGGGCCUGUAAAAACCAUAGAAAUUUGUGAGAAAGUUAAAGUUCAACCUGAUUGUUGUAACAAACUUGAAGGCGACACCGUCGAUUUUACAUGUGACAAGGAUUUAUAUUGUCGAGAAAAAGACGAACAAUACACUCCACCACCACCAAUGAAACCAAAAGAUAGGUGUUGUUGAAAAUAAAUGUGAAAUUCAUAAAGAUGACUCCAUAUUCAACUUUGAAUUGUCAUAGUAAAU